AUGACUGAAGCCCACAGCAAGACUAUCCUCAUCACUGGGGCCUCAGGCUUUCUUGCAACUCAUAUUGUGAAAGCUUUUCUUCAACAGGGUUAUCAUGUCCGCGGGACUGUUCGAUCGGAUCAGGCCGCAGCGAACGUACGCAAGGGAUUUUCGCAGUAUAGUGAUCGGCUGUCGUUCGCUAUUGUUGAGGAUAUAGCACAGCCCGGGGCCUUCAAUGAAGCCGUGAAAGGGGUCGACGGUAUCGUUCAUACCGCUUCCCCAUUCCAGAUUUCAGUGCAGGACAACAAGCAUGACCUUCUGUGGCCCGCGAUUAACGGUACCACGUCAAUCCUUCGGGCAGCUCAGGAAUAUGCACCGCAAAUUAGUCGAGUCGUGAUCACGUCUUCGAUGGCUGCCGUGAUAGACGUGGAAAAAGGUCCGCAGUCCGACUAUACAUAUACUGAAGAAGACUGGAAUCCCAUGACAUUCAAACAGGCUAAAAGUGCCCACGGCAUAGUUGCAUACGCUGCUUCCAAGGCAAUUGCGGAGCAAGCUGCCUGGCGAUACAUGGGAACGAACGCGCCUCACUUCAGCCUUACCACAAUUUGCCCUCCCAUGAUCUAUGGCCCCGUGGAGCAUCAUGUUCCUACUAUGGAGAAAUUGAAUACAAGUGUGGGUGAUAUCUACCGGUUAUUCAAUGGUAGCAGCACUGAGAUACCAUCGGUAAUUUUGCCGGCCUUUGCGGAUGUUCGCGACGUUGCUCAAGCCCACCUCUUCGCAUUUGAAUCCCAGAAAGCAGCAGGAGAGCGUUUUAUUGUUAGCUCUGGACCCUACACCUAUCAAGAAAUUUGCGAUAUUCUUCGAUCCGUCGUCCCCGAGGCCAGGGAUAAAGUCCCUAUUGGCCAGCCUGGACAAUAUGAAACGGCAUCCAUCAAAAUCUCGAGUAACAAGAUCAAGACUCUUCUGGGCAUCAAUUUCCACACGCUGCAGGAAACUGUGAAGGACACUGCCGAUAGCUUGUUGGCUCUGGAAGAAGCAUGCAAAUUACACUAG